UGCUUACUAUCCAUCUAUUCCAUCAAGCUUUAAGAAGCAACAAAGGAGUCAGCUCUCUUCAUUUAGUGUGGAAGAGAUGUCUACUUAUGCACUUGGCCUUCUGCUUUAGGCCAAAACAAGAGUUCAAUUAUCCGAAAAUCCGCGUAUGUGAGGUGUUCACAUUUAUUUGAGUGUUAUUUUUUGCCUACUCUAUGCUGACUUCCAAUUAAUGAAUUGACAUUUAGCUGCAAUUUUAACAAUGAUGUGUUGUAUUACAUUAAUAGAUGCAAUUUUCCUAUAUAUUACUUGCAAUGUUCUUGCAAAUGUUAAGUAUUUCUAUAGCAUAGGCUGCGUUUUAGGGAUACUUGGUGUUGUUACAGGGCCUUUUGGAGGGCAGACUUCGCGUUUGAUCCUCUAGACAAUAAAUAAAUAAAUAAAAAAUUAUGGCUGUGACCUUUGCUGAAUAUCAAAGGCGUUGUCUCGAAAUGUCACCGGGGAUUUCUCCGCCGAGAAGCAGUGCGGUAUUUGAAGCUGGGGGUUUUGACAGCCGACAGCAGAUUGGCUGGUGGGUGGAAAGUUAUAAAGUCGCAUAUCAUUAGAGGGUUUAUUAUGGUUUGCGGAGAAUUGACUGCGAUCCACAUACAUGCACGACUUUUGUGAACGACGCUUGGCCAUUUGGAUAGCAAUGUACAGUUGCUCUGUCAUAAAUCUCAGCUUUAGUCUAACCAGAUGGAGUCGUUAUAAAUCUUUUGAGUGCAAAGAAAUCACAGAAAAAAAAAAACACUGGCCACCCAUGCAGCAAGUACAGCUUUGUGUCAUUAAAAUUAAAACGCAUGUCCAACGUGUUUUACCGACUGCACCUGCUUCAUUAGAAUACUCUAAUUAAGUGUUGUGUUUGCCUUGAAUACUGCGGUUUGUAAAUGAAAGCCCCUGCAACAAGCUUCUUAAAGUGCACCAAGAUGUUUAUGAAUUAACUACGCAGUUUUAGACUCGUAGAUAAGUGCCGUUUCAGAUGAAAGGGGUCGGCAAGGUAACAAAGGGAUGACGUCAUGCAUCGCAUCCGCCCGCAUGACUUCCAACUCUGAAUCCCGCCCCUGUUUAAUUUCAGAAACCGGCGUGAUUGGUCGAACGCGCUGCUAGACGCGUCCUAGUCUAACCGAGAGCAAAUGGGAGGAAAGCUUCCGUGUUGAUGUCUAAGAGUGGGCGGGGCUAGUUGGCGUAGAAACCGGAGCAAUAGACGCUACUGCUCAAUCUAGUGUCGGUGUCUCCGCAGCUUCCUGUGUUGAAUUGGCCACUUUCUGUCGCGGGUCCAGGGGAUCUUUAACCAUGCAUUUCGGUCUUGUGGAUUGGUGCUAAAUGAUUGCGUCGAAUGCCAUCCGUAAAUAACUGGAUCCCGGGUGUGAGGAGUGUGUGGCCCAUGUUACUCUAGGAGUGACAGUGUGUGUGUGUGUGUGUGUGCGUGUGUGUGUGAGUGUGUGAGUGAGUGAGUGUGUGAGUGAGUGAGUGAGUGUGUGUGUGCGUGCGUGUGUAUGAGAUGCUGGCCUGUCUGCCAAGGCCUGGCGAUCUCUCCCUCCAGCUCCACCCCCACUCGCAGAUGAACACUGGACUUCAGAAAUGGGACACUCCACAAAGGAUGAGAUCUGCUCAAUAUCCAACCCCUGCAGAAUUGGAUGCUUAUGCUAAAAAGGUUGCCAGCAAUCCACUCACCAUCAAGAUCUUCCCCAACAGCGUCAAAGUCCCUCAGCGGAACCACGUUCGUCGCACAGUCAACGGACUCGAUACCGCUGGCCCCCGAUAUAGUCCCUACCCCUCCUCUCAGGCCACUGCCAAGACCGGUCUCCUUGCCAUCGUUAAAGUGCCCCUCGUCAAGGGUGUCAUCAAGGACUUCAACGGCACACGGGCACGUCUGCACCCAGAGGUGAUAAUGAAUGCCGCCGGUGGCCCUUAUGCAGCCACCUCGGCCAGCACUUUAAACCUGCACCACCCAUCACAGGGGCCUCCCAGAGCGUCCCAGAAUCCGCAGGGGCUUCCUCCACACCCUCAGAAUCUCCAGACUUUGCAACAGCCUGGGCCUCCUCACCAAGGACUCGGACACCGACCUUCCUCCUCCAUGCCACAGCAACCCCAGGGCCUUCCGAGGCCCCAGACUCUGUCUCACGUACCUGCUUUAGGCCACCCUGGAGCCCACCAACCUUCAGCAAUCCUGCUUCCUCAGCAGCACCUACAGAACCCCCCUGCAAGCCUGCAGGUGGGUCCUCGGAAGUUGCCAGUUGCAGACGCCCCUCCUAACGUGACUGUUUCUACCUCAACAAUUCCAUUAUCCAUGGCCGGAGGGCUCCACCAGGGCCGUCAGACGGACUUAAACAGCAUAGUGCACCAGAUAAGCCAGUUCUGCCAGGCUAGGGCUCAGGGCGCCAGUGCCACGUCAAUGUGUGAAGGGCAGAUCGCCAACCCCAGUCCCAUUAGUCGAAAUCUACUCAUCAAUGCCAGUUCUCGAGUCUCCGUGCAUGCGGGAAACCCUAAUGUGCUUGCUCCUGGCCUCAUGCACCCAUCGUGUGCUAUUGGACCUCCUGAUAUAAUGACUGCUUCUGCGCCAGUGAGUGCAAUGCCUCCACAUAACAUGGCCACGAUGAACCACAUGUAUCACAGCGAUAUAAAACAACAGCACCUACAGCAUCAAAGCCAUCAACCGCAGCGAAAUCCCCAACAGUCGCAGAUGAGGUCUUGGACUCAGCAUCAGCUCGCUCACCUUCAGCACAUCUCGGAAGGGGGCGGACACCCCUGCAAACCCCCGAAUCGUGACCCUGGCCUCCCUUGCAAGGGCAUUACCUAUCCCCCAGAAAUGGGCAUGGGGCAGCCUUAUGCCAUGAAACCCUCCAGCCCCUCACCGCUCCUUGCCAACAACAGCAACAAUGCAAUGCCCCCAGGAGCGCUGACACACUACACCAAUGGGCAGUACUACCAUCAGCCACCGAUGUGGGGUAGUAUUCUUCCCACGCCCAACAGUGACAGCUCCGGCUCACAGGACCUCCCCAUGCCCUUCCAUGGCACUGGAACAGGCAAUACCAACCCCACCCCAGGCAUGGACUGUGCCCCCACGGGAGGAGCGGCCCAUUACCGAUUAGUAGGGGGUGCCUUAAUAGGGCAGACUAAUCUGAUGCAAACGGCAGAUUGCAUGGGAGGGGACUUCCAGACGCCCUGCUUCCGAGAUCAGAAUCUCAUCCUGAUGGGGAAAAUGCACAGGCCACCCCCUAUGGGCCGGGUAGUGGUCCCCCCCUCUGAGACGCAAGGCCAGCACCCAGGGUACAGAUAAGCUUCAGCCCACAAGCCUCAGACAUAGUCUCUCCUCAGUGAAGUCAGCCUCACACGUGCAUCCUCAACACCUCCUGUUAGUCUUAAUGACAUUACAUCACGAGAGGAACUAAAUGAGCUCAAAAUCUCAAGGAUAAUUGCUGAUGAAACUAAGAAAAAAACAAGAAUACAAACAUGUCUAAUGAAGAGCAGUCUUUUGUGUUAUUAAUCUUGCAAGUGAUCAAUUUUUUUUUUCUUUUAACAAGUUCUUUUUUAAG